GUAUUCCGCGAUUAUUGAAUUUCAAGAACUAAGUGAGAGCCGUUGAAUCACGCGCAGCCGUCGUCAUGACGUAAGAAAUCAACCUCAAUGGUUCACAAGGUCAGCCGACGUUAUGUUAUAACCCGUCAUUUAUGCCUACAGAGAAUAUACCCAGAGGGAAUGACAGUUGAGGUAGAGUGAUCGGAGGGAGAAUUUUUCUCAACCUGGUCUUCUACUCAACUUAAGUGUACCAUAGGUGAAAGUUGUGCAUUUUCUCCCUGUUGUACCUGUUACACGUAUGGUUACACUGUGUGUGCCUAUUUCUAAGAAGAAAAACACGAAAAUUAUGGAGCUGGCGCAUUUUAAAGUUCUUUUCGUCGUGAGCUUCCUCAGCGGAGUUCUCUCAGACAGAGUGGUUAUGACUAAUAACGGACCAAUACAGGGAAUCACUGUUUCAUCAGAACCAGAAAUAGAGGCUUUUCUUGGAAUCCCUUAUGCCGAACCACCCGUCGGUAGACUGAGAUUUAUGAAACCCGUCCCAAAAACUUCUUGGCUGGGAGUAUAUGAUGCUUCGAAAUUAGCUCCAACUUGCAUACAGAAUGCUUCGGCGCAAUAUUAUUAUAUGCCUAACAUCGAUAAUAUGACUGAGGACUGCCUGUAUCUGAAUAUGUGGGUCCCUUAUUCUGGAAAUGGAACUGGCCGAAAACCUAUAAUUUUUUUCAUUCAUGGUGGAGCUUUUAACAUUGGCUCUUCUAAUAUGGGUGUUUAUGACGGAACGAAGAUGGUAAGUCGUGGUGACGUCAUAGUUGUUACCAUAAAUUAUCGGAUUGGUGUAAUGGGCUUUUUUUCUGCUUUCAUAGAAGACGCUGAUGGAAAUAUGGGAAUCUACGAUCAAAUCUUGGCAUUAAACUGGGUGAGAGACAAUGCUGAAUCUUUUGGAGGUGAUCCUGAUCACAUUGUUCUGAUGGGCGAGAGUGCAGGUGCGAUGUCUGUUGCCGCACACCUCGUAUCUCCCCUAACAAAAAAUCUCAUCAAAAGAGCCAUCUUACAGAGUGGAGCCGGUCUACAACCAAUGAAUUAUGAUGAAAAUGAACGGCUGUAUAAAGCUUCACAAAAAUUAGCCACCAUAGUAGGUUGUGCCGAUAAGUCUGUUACGUUACAAACAGAUCCACGAAUCAUCGUUAACUGCUUAAAAAGGUUGUCAGCAAAGGAAUUGUCUGCUGCUGAAGGUAUUUUAAUGAAGUCUAAUCCAAUAACAUUCGUUCCUAGAACCGGAGAUACUUACAUGCCAAGAGCAAUUGUUUAUGAUGUAAUGGAAGGCAAUUUCAAAGAUACAGAACUGUUGAUUGGUGUAAAUGAAAACGAAGGUUCCUUUUUUCUCUCUGCUGCCGCUCCUGAUUAUUUUGGAGUGUACGGAGUAAACAAUAUUCAGACCUUAAGUAGAAGACUGGCUUACCAAAUGAUACGGGUAAUGUAUAGGUUCACAGAACAGAAAGAAGAAGGAAAAAUCGCUGACUUUUAUAUAAAUGAUAUAAGUAAUGGAACAUCUGAUAUCUACACUCAAGCUAUGAGCAAUUCGCUUGGAGAUUAUUUGAUAACGUGUGGUUCUGUUUUUCACGCUCAGAUACAUUCUUUACGUAAUCCAGUAUAUUUCUAUGUAUUUAGUCAUCGGUCAUCUACUUCGCUAUUAGCUGAGUGGAUGGGAACUACUCACUUUGAUGAACUAAAGUACAUAUUCGGAAAUACGGUAUUUAAGAAUUUCACAUCAGAUGAGGAGGAACUGAGUAGAAGAAUGAUGGACAGGUGGUUAGCCUUCGCUAAAACAGG